GUCAUGGAUGUAGAGGCUGAUCAACCGGAAGUAAUCGGAGUGAAGAGCGAAGGAGAAAUCUUAAAAACUGGUGGUCUCAACCUUUUUGUUUGUUUUUGUAAGGACGUGAGUCUUUAUAAAAUCCCUAACAAUGUGCUGCGGCGGUGAGAGAUCUUCCGGUGCAGGAUAAGCCAGAUGAGGCUUCUGGACUCAGUCAUGGUGGAGAAAGAUAUUUCCUGUUCUGAAUGUGUGCAACACUGACUACGAUGAGCAACAGUGCAUUGACCAGUGACCAGCGGUCAGAAAGACAGCAUAAUAGCCGGGGACCCUAUGUGUCAUGUAUCACCAACAGAACCACCAACCUUUUAAUCCGAGGGGGAAUGCUGUUCUUUGUGGGAGUCUUCCUGGCUCUUGUGCUAAACCUUCUUCAGGUGCAGAGAAAUGUGACACUUUUCCCUCCAGAUGUCAUCAGUAGUAUCUUCUCAUCAGUCUGGUGGGUGCCACCCAGCUGUGGCAUUGCCUCAGCAUUCUGUGUUGUUUUGUCCUCCACAGCCAUGAUUGGAGUGCUGUAUCCCUGCAUCGACAGAAGACUUGGUGAACCUCACAAGUUCAAGCGGGAGUGGUCUAGUGUAAUGCGAUGUGUGGCUGUAUUUGUUGGUAUCAACCAUGCCAGUGCUAAAGUAGACUUUGCAAACAAUGUCCAGUUGUCUCUGACCCUAGCAGCACUCUCCAUUGGUUUGUGGUGGACGUUCGACCGCUCCCGCAGUGGCUUUGGUUUGGGAAUCAGCAUUGCCUUAUUGGCCACACUUACCACUCAGAUCCUGGUUUACAAUGGAGUGUUUCAGUAUACUAAUCCAGAUUUCCUCUACAUUCGCUCUUGGCUUCCCUGCAUCUUCUUUGCUGGAGUUAUUACAAUGGGAAACAUUGGUCGACAGCUUGCUUUGUAUGAAUACAAGUUCCUGCAAGAGAAGACCCAUCUGGACUGAGAUUUCUGUCUCAUCAAAAAUCUGAAAUGACAUGUAUUCAGCAUAUACCAGUUAGGAAAUGUUAAACAACCCAUGAACUCUUGACUGGCUGUGUUCUGCAGAUGAAGACAGUAUUUUUGAUUCGCUCUCUCCAGGUCUCUCUAAAACAUUUCUGCUUCCCUGGGAUGAAUUGGAUUAUAACAAGACUUUAUUUUUCCUUCUGUGUGGUGCAGUCUGUGCAUCUAACUGGAAGGGGAUUAUCUACAGAACAAUUCCUUUUUCACAUCACAGACUUUGGCUGGAUUGUGCCAAAACAAAAUGGGUUCCUUUUUCUUUAUUCUUUAUGUAUCAGUAACAAUCUUUGCAGUCUGUUUAAAAUAAAUCCUCAAACACAUGGA